CUCCAUCCUGAUCCAUAUAUCAGGAUCCCUCUACAACGACACCCCGCUCCACCGGUCUCCCAUCGGCCGGAACAUGCUCUGCGCGUUCGGCUACAUCCUCGCUGGCAGUGGCUGCAGUCUGGUGGCAAUCAAUACCUACCGAUACCGGCACCGAUCCCUAUACCUAGACUCGACACAUCCACAUCCACAUCCACAUCCACAUCCUCCCUCCGUGCCUGUGCCUGUGCCCGUGCCCAUGCCCCAGCUCUUCGACCCCACCCUGAUCAGCGGUCCCGCAUGGACAUGGCUCGUUGUCUUCGCGAGCGUCAUUUUCUCGACAAUCCACGUCUCGGAUCUCCCUGACGUCGGGGGAGAUCGGACGCGCAACCGCCAGACCCUACCCGUUGUUCUGGGUGUCAAACAGACGGCGGUCUUUUCUUCCGUGGUCGUCGCCGCGUGGAGCGUGCUUCUGGGCGCGGUUGCGGCGCCGGCUCAUCCGAGCUGUGCGUUUCUCUGUGUUGCCCUGGGGGGCAUGCGUCUUGGCUUUUGUGGCGUGGUAGUAGGGGCGUGGAUGAGAGGCCUAUUAAGGGGGCGUAUGUCUCUUAUACGGGCUGGUUGGCGUUUGUUGCUGUUUUGCCAAUGUUGCUUCGGUUUUGAAAGACUGCGAGGGAGUCUGGGUCUGCCGACUUUCCCGGGCUAUGCUUCAUGAUGGAGGCACAAUGCCAACCAGGGGACUGAUGAUGGCUACUUUGGUAUUGGAGAGGAGAAGAGAGG